AUGAAAUGCUCAUUUUCUUAAGUUAAGUUAGCUUAAAUCGUGCAUGAACCCAGAACCCACCAUUUCGUGCAUGAGAGUGAACCCACCAUUUUAUAAAUUCUUAAAUAUUCGAUAAAUUAAGUAUUUUCAACCAAUUCUGCAACGAGAAUAAAACCGUAUUUUCACACAAUAUGAGUGACAAAACAGAUCAACACAAGAACCUGGAAAAAUGGUUUCGUGGACUGGGGUACUCGGGACCGAUGCCUGAAAGUCUUACUACAAUAUGCAGUAGUUCUACCUCCUUCAUCUGGGACCAACUGCAGGCGAAUACAAAGACAACUAAAGAUGUGGAAAGAAUCAGGAGGAAUAUAAUCAUAAGUCGCUUAACUUCUAAACCAUUGAAUAAGCAGGAUGAUUAUGAACACCCAAUGAACGAGAUCACAUUGUACAGAAAGAAGUUGGCAUUGGAGAAUAAAAUCAAACUUAAGAAAUGUAAUAUUCAAGAAAAAGGAAAAAAGGUGGACGAGGUAGCAAAAGUCAACAAAGUUCAACAAAUAAUUAUAAAUGGGUUAGAUUCAAAAAUACGGAAAAAUGAGGAGAAGGAACUUCUUUUGAGGAAGAAAUGUAUAAUGUUAGAGGAAAAUAUUGCUCAAGCACAAGAGACAUUAUCAACAGUAAAGGGAUUGACACCAGUCGAACCAGAUGAAAAUCCUGACACUAGUUCUAUAAAGGAAACACUUCAAGCAUGUAGCAAAAAGCUAGAAUCCAGCUUAAAACAAAUACCAGCUCCUACUAAUAACAUCAAAAACACAACAAAUAUGCUACUGAUGAGAUCAGGAAAGAAGCCGCAAACGCCUAAGAUGAAUUUAGAAACAUGUUUCGCUUUGAGCGAGAGACAAUCUGUAUGGAGGUCAGCGCGUAAGCUGUCCAGUCAUGGCAAGGAAGAUAACCGUAACAUCAUUAAUUUACCGAAACAACUUUUCCCUGUUGUGGAAAAUAAAAAUGGUGGUUCAAAUGAUAGUAUGAACGAGUCUCUGGGCAUUGUCAACAUAGAAAAUUAUGAUUUUAACAGUGGCGACACGAUGCAUGAAAAGUAUAAAAGCACCCCGAAUUUAGCCGUUGAACAGAGUGCUGUCCUACAUUCAUUGAAGCCUAGUGUCACUGUUAAACCUGCAGAUAUUGUAUCUAAAAAUGAAGUAGUCAAAGGCGACUUGAAAAAACUGCUGCAGACCCAUAACAGUGCGACUAUUUGGAAUGUUUUUCAGGGUAUUGAAAACGACAUACACAGUACUAUUAUGAGGAAACUUUCUGCAGGAUUCACACUUGAAUAGUAAGUAAGGCGGUAGGUAGGUCAUUUAGUCCCGAUUUUACUAAGUCGGGGCGUAAAAAAGCACGUGGGUAAUUCCCAUAUUAAAUCAUAAAUAUCACUUGGUUUGGCUACAACUAAUUUUUCCAUUUCCGUCCGGACACUAAGUUAGCGGCCAUACACCGAUAAAAAAAUAAGCAUUUGCGCCAUACUCGGGGUAUGGACAAAAAUCGGAUACAGUAUCUUAUAUGAUAAAUUUGCAUUUUAUUGAAAAUAUGUCUCUCACUGUUGCUGCACAAAAUUAUGCUUGGUAAAGUCUUUGAGGACAUAAAUAAAAUUACAGACUGCUCAUUAUCUUCAUCGAGUAAAUAUUCAGUUUACCUGGCUACCCUGUUUGUUUCUAAUUAGCUUUAUGGUCCACGUGUUUAGCGCAUAUUUUCCUAGCUAUCACAGUACCGCUAGCGCGAUCUAACAAUGCGAAUUGACAAUAAUAAUUUUAUUUAUGUCUUCAAAGAAUUUAUUAAGCAUAAUUUUGUCUAAAUAAUGACAAAAAUCAAUGAUCCAAUUUGCCUGACCUAUAAAGAGAGAAAAUACGUUCUUGUCGCUAACCUCAAUGUUAAUAAAUCAAUCAAUUGCUAAAUAUACACUACCGCUCAAAAGUUUUGGGACAGCAGAUUUUUGUGAUGGAAAUUAAACCAAAUCAAACAAUACAGUGUGUUUAAUCAAAAAACUAGGAAAGGAACUAUUUUCCUCUGGAACUCAGUUAGUUGGUAACUUAUUUCUAUCAAAAUUUAUUUUAAAUUCGUGAUUCAUCGAAAUGUCCACCACGAGCGGGAAUAACUGCAUGACAGACCCGACUCAUCCGACGUAUCAAAUUUUCAAGAAUAGUUGGUUAUAAGGAUACCCACGCUUCCUGCACUAGUAGGCUCUUGUUGCUUCACCUGUCUGUCCGUCAUCCCACUAAUACUCAAUAGGAGACAAAUCUGGGGACUGGGUAGGUCAUGUUGUGAUUUUCAUUGCACCAGGUUCUUGCUGCUGGUCCAAAUAAUUGCGGCAUAGUCGAGAUGAAUGCUCAGGGUCGUUGUCUUGCUGAAAUUCGAAAUUGUUUCCAACAAUCCUUUGUCCAGCGUGGUUUUCCAAUAUUUCCAAAUUCUGCUCUUUUCGCAUUAUACCCUCAAUACGAACCAAAUCUCCUGUUCGAUUUCCAGCAAAACAGCCCCAAACCAUUACACUCCCUCCUCCAUGUUUAACAGUGGGCUGCAAACAUUGCGGAGCCAUGCGUUUAUGGGGUUGGCGGCGUACACACUUUCGUCGUCGAGAUCCGAACAUCUCGAAUUUGGAUUCAUCAGACCAAAGGACUCGAUUCCAAUCGUCAGUGGUCCAAUCUUUGUGUUUUCGACUCCAUGCUAACCGGUUGAGUUUAUGUAUAGGUCGUAGGAGUAGUUUGCAUGCUGCUACACAUCCUCCAAGGUUAGCCCUUUGUAAGCGGCGUUUUACCGCAGACACGGACACAGGGCUUUCCCUCGUUCUGUUCAAGCUGUGUGUGAGUUCAGGCGAAGUUAAAUAUCUAUUUCGCUUAUUUGUUAUUACUAUAAACCUAUCCUCAGGAACAUUUGUAACUCUGCGUCUUCCAGAGCGUGGGCGAUCUGCGACACUGCCUGUUUCCCUAUUUUUCUUCAAAAUUUGAGACACAGUGUUCCGUUUCAAAUGCAGCUUUUCAGCAAUCGCUCGAAUUGGCAAUCCCUCAUCACGUAAGGUACAUGCUGCAAGAGAAACGGUACCCGUCUUUACCAUUUUCCAUUAUUUUGAAAAAAUCUGACCCUAGCACAUGGACUAGCAGUUUAUAGUAUUUUUUCUUUGUUUCAUUAAUACCCAGAAUGUUUAUGUAUCACAUUACGCCGAACAUAAUACAUAGUACAAAAAAAAAGUAAGCAGCGGAAGGAAAUCGGCCGAUUUAUGACUGCAAUGAACUAUACUAAGUGACAUAUAAAUCCGAACACCCAG